AGGAAAGAGACUGAACUAGGCUGUUCACUAGAACUAGAGAAUGACAAGUGCCCAACCUCAGCACAGACAAGAAGAGGACAGACAGAGGAGGAAAUAAAAAAAAAAUUAAUGACUCCAGUCGACUAAAAUAAAUAAAUAACAGAGGAGGCACAGUGCAGUAAAUUUGGAUCUUAUUAAAGAAAUUGAUGGUUUUGUCAAAAUGGGCACACACACUGACCUGCUAUGUGCAGGAAUGUGACCCUCUGCAAACAGCUCGCAUCAGGCGCUACUCAGAGGCGAUGACACUGCCGGACUCUUUCAUCCAACGCCAGCAGCUGGAUGCCAGCAUGGCUGACACCUUCCUGGAGCAUCUCUGUCUGCUGGACAUCGACCAGGAGCCAAUCACAGCACGCAACACCAGUAUAAUCUGCACCAUUGGUCCUGCAUCCCGAUCAGUCCCCAAACUUCAAGAGAUGGUCAAGGCAGGAAUGAAUAUUGCUCGUCUAAAUUUCUCACAUGGCUCACAUGAAUACCACGGCGAAACCAUCAAAAACAUCAGAGAGGCAGUGGAGACGGUAACCCCUGACCCCUUGUAUUAUCGUCCGGUUGCCAUCGCCUUGGAUACGAAGGGUCCGGAGAUCCGCACUGGAUUAGUGAAAGGGAAAGUAGAGGAGGAGGUGGAGCUGACAAAGGGCAGUCAUGUCCGUGUGGUGACAGCAGAGAGUGACAAAGACAAGACAGACGGGAAGAUCAUCUGGGUGGACUAUCCUAGUCUGCCCAAAGUCCUCAAGAAGGGAGGCAUUAUCUACAUUGAUGACGGCCUCAUUGGACUCAAAGUGCAAGAAAUAGGCCCUGACUGGGUGGAUACUGUGGUGGAGGCCAGUGGCGUGCUGUGCAGCCGCAAAGGCGUCAACCUCCCUGGCUGCGACCUUAUCGCCCUGCAGGCGGUCAGCGAGCGUGACGAGGCUGAUCUGAGGUUUGGGGUGGCCCAGGGCGUAGACAUGGUGUUCGCCAGCUUCAUCCGCUCCGCUAAGGAUGUCAGAGACGUGCGGCGAGUUCUGGGGCCCCACGGGCGAGAUAUCAAAGUGAUCAGCAAGGUGGAAAGCCGGCAAGGCGUUCAGAAUUUUGAGGAGAUCCUAGCUGAGAGCGAUGGCGUGAUGGUUGCCAGGGGUGACCUGGGGAUCGAGAUCCCGGCGGAGAAAGUCUUCAUCGCCCAGAAGAUGAUGAUUGGACGCUGCAACUCUGCCGGCAAGCCUGUUAUCUGUGCCACACAGAUGCUGGAAAGCAUGGUGGCCCACCCACGACCAACCAGAGCAGAGGGCAGUGACGUCGCCAAUGCCGUACUGGAUGGAGCCGACUGUGUAAUGUUAUCUGGGGAGACCGCCAAGGGACUGUUUCCUGUGGAGGCAGUCGCAAUGAUGCACUCGAUCUGCAGGGAGGCAGAGGCGGCCAUUUUCCACCAGCAGCUGUUUGAGGAGUUGCGUCGCCUCACUCCUCUCUCCUCUGACCCCACAGAGGUCACAGCCAUUGGAGCUGUAGAGUCCUCCUUCAAAUGCUGUGCUGGGGCCAUCAUAGUCCUCACCACCAGUGGCAGGGCUGCACAUCUCCUGUCCAGGUACCGCCCUCGCUGUCCUAUUAUUGCCGUCACCAGAACCCCUCAGGUGGCCCGUCAGUCUCAGCUGUUAAGAGGAGUGUUUCCUGUCCUCUUCUAUCCUCUGCCUGCUCCCGUCUGGGCCGAUGAUGUAGACAACAGGGUCAACUUCGGCAUGGAUAUAGGGAAAGCGAGAGGAUUCUUCAAGUCAGGCGACAUGGUGAUUGUGGUGACAGGCUGGAUCCCAGGGUCCGGUCACACUAACAUUAUGAGGGCAGUCAGUGUCCCCUGACAACCUGACCUUACUCAACUCUAUAUCUGACUGACAUGCAGCCUCUACAACGUAGAAAUGUAAUGGAAAAACCUGGGAACCACCGCUUUAAAUAAAAGAAUAAACACUGUCACUAAUAGAUUUAUUGGCAGUAUCAUCAUUGUUCUAGAAACUCAAGGAAACACCUGCCACCACAACUGCUCUGACGAAUGCUGAAUUUGUGUUUAAUGUGUCUUGAAAGCGAUGACUCCCUCCAAAUAAAACUUGAAUCAUUAACUUUAA